AUGCGAUUGGGGGUUUUUACAAUGGCCCUUCCCUCAUCUAUACUGCCCUUCGAUGGCCCUGCUGUAAUGCAAUGCUUUUUUGGUGAAUUUGAUGAUGUCAAGAGUGUGAUAAAGGAGACAAUGGCCACUUUGGCCGUUGAUCCCAUAAUCCAGGCUCGAUGUACAAUAUACAUACCAUCUCCCGUCUCCGCCUUUCUCUGGCAUCGAUUUUUGACCACCAGGGCCUCUUAUGAAGCUACAGACGAGAAUUUUGGGUCGACUUAUCGCAGGCUUGCAGAUGAAAAGAGUGUAACAGUGAAGGACCUCGGUAAAGCCAAAAUUGCUUUCUUCGCGACCCAUGAGAUGUGCUUGAUCACCUACAAAUCUUUAUACUACCCUUUCAGUUCUACCUCAAACACAAAGAACACCUUUGUCUGUGGUCCUUUGAGAGAGCGCUGGCAAGUUGAUGAGCUUGAAACCCUCAGAGACCGUGGAUGGACUGUCCAUUACUAUGCCGCCGCUGGUCGAUUACUUGAUGAUACUUCAAACAAGCUGGAAGCGGAAAAGCUUCUUGGAAACGACUACCAUGACCGUCCCUUCCUUGAGAAGUGCACUGUAAUUGAGUUCAACGCCGAGGAGGAAGACGACGUUGUGGAGGACGACGAAGACGCGCUGAUAUCUACCUACACAACGCUGAGUGUGAAAGAUGAUGCAGGAAUUGAAGUAGAUUUACUCGCACUUUGUUUUUAA